AUGGAUACACUGGAGGACAAUUGCGCCUCCCUUCGGGCACAGAUUGCAAGCACUGAAGCGCAGCUAGCUGGUCUUAAACGGGACCUCGCGAAUGCUGAAAAGGCAGCUGCUGCAGCCAAAUCGGAGAACAUAGGCCCCGCGGGAAAUCGUAAGGAAGCUCGGAUUGCCUACAAACAACAAUGGCCACUGGAACAGGAGGAAUACAAGCGGUAUGGCCGACAGAUGAUUGUUUCGCAGAUUGGUCUACCAGGCCAACUCCGAUUGCGGUCGGCGAAAGUCUUGCUGGUUGGUGCGGGUGGUCUGGGAUGUCCAGCAGCUCAGUACCUUGCAGGCGCUGGAGUAGGGACUAUCGGGAUGGUUGACGGAGAUACUGUGGAAGUCUCGAACCUGCACCGGCAGGUCUUGCAUCGAAGCCAGAACGUGGGCAAGUAUAAGGUCGAUAGUGCAAUCGAGUCUCUCAAAGAUUUAAACCCGCACCCAACAUACAUUGCCCAUCGGACACACCUUACACCCGCAGAAGCACCGGCAAUCUUUGAAGGCUAUGAUAUUAUUCUCGACUGCACUGACAACCCAGCAUCCCGCUACUUGAUCUCCGAUACGGCGGUUCUUCUGGGUAAGCCGUUGGUGUCUGCAUCUGCUUUACGCACCGAUGGUCAGCUCGUGGUCCUCAAUAAUCCUCCUCGCCCACCAGGCGACAAACACGGUGGGCCCUGCUAUCGCUGCGUCUUUCCGAAGCCACCGCCCGCGGAUAGCGUGGUGAGCUGUGCUGAUGGCGGUAUUAUUGGCCCAGUGGUCGGAACUAUGGGUGUCUUACAAGCUCUCGAAACGAUCAAACUGAUCACCACUCCCUGCGAUAACAUUUCCCAGCCCAAGGAUUCACCGGCUAUGCACUUAUUCUCUGCAUAUGCGGAUCCAUUGUUUCGCAAGAUUCGCCUCCGCUCACGACGGGCCAACUGUGCUGUCUGCUCUUCCGAGGCUACGGUGACGCUAGACACCAUCAAGUCAGGAUCGACCGACUACGUGUUCUUUUGCGGCUCUGCGAGCCUUCCGUCUCUUCUUAGCCCGAGUGAGCGGGUAUCGCCUCGAGACUAUUUGGCUAGCCAGUCGGAGAACGAUGACUCGAAGGGCGAGUCCUCAGACCCAAGUUCCAAGUCACCGGUACUGAUUGAUGUUCGAGACGAGGCACAAUUUGGUAUCUGCAAUCUUGAGAAUAGCAUUAACGUGCCGAUAUCGACCAUACUGGCGUCAUCUACAUCGUCAGAAGGUCUCCCGUCGUGGCUCCCACCGGAUAUUAGCCCCGGAUCUUCCAACCCCAUCUAUGUGGUUUGUCGGCUCGGCAAUGAUUCCCAAGUGGCAGUCAGGAAGUUAAAAGACCUUGGCCUGGGGCAAAACGACAGAUUCAUCGCCGAUAUUAAAGGAGGGUUCCGAGCGUGGCGGGAGCAAAUCGACCCAGAGUGGCCCGAAUACUGA